GUUAAAAGCGUUAAUGUAAAUAAUAAACAAUUCCAGUAAAAAAAUCGGCUUCCAGUCGAUAUGUAUGCCAAGGGCAAGGGCUCUACGGUGCCUUCGGACGCUCAGGCCCGCGAGAAAUUAGCGUUAUAUGUGUACGAAUAUUUAUUGCACGUCGGCGCUACCAAAGCGGCCCAAACAUUUCUUUCGGAAAUACGAUGGGAGAAGAAUAUAACGUUGGGGGAGCCUCCGGGGUUCCUGCAUUCGUGGUGGUGCGUGUUCUGGGACCUAUAUUGCGCUGCUCCGGAGAGACGCGACACGUGUGAACAUUCAUCCGAGGCAAAGGCAUUUCACGAUUACGGAUUUGUUAAUUCUGGAUAUGGAGUCAACGGUAUUGGACACAACGCCGGCCCGGCACCUCCUAACGACGGUAUGGGUGGUGGAGGAAUGCCACCAGGUUUCUUUCCGAAUUCGCCUCUUCGUCCGUCACCGCCGGCACCUCACCCUGGGUCGCAGCCGUCGCCUCACGGUCCCCAGCCACAGCUCAUGGGCACGGGGCAGCCUUUCAUCGGACCUUGGUAUUCGGCAGGUGGCCCGAGGGGCGCAGUCAGGAUGGGGAUGGGGAAUGAUUUCAAUGGACCGCCAGGUCAGGGGAUGAUGGGUAAUUCAAUGGAAAGAGGGGGGUCAGGUGCUGCAGGACUGCUGGGGCCCAGGAUGACGCCGCCGAGGCCCGGCAUGGGACCCAUGAGUCCAGGGGCGUACGCAGCGGGAAUGCGAGGUCCACCACCUCAGGGACCAGGUAUGGCGCCGAUGGGCAUGGGACCGCCCACACCCAUCAUGCCCAGCCCGCAAGACUCUUCUAACUCUGGCCUCGGGGGCGUGGACGGCAUGAAGUCGUCUCCCGGGGGCGUGGGCGGCGGCGGCCCCGGUACACCCCGGGAGGACUCCGGAUCCGGAAUGGGCGAUUAUAAUUUAAGUUUCGGGGGACCCGGAGGCGACCAAAGCGACCAAACGGAAUCCGCAGCAAUACUUAAGAUAAAAGAGAGCAUGCAGGAAGAGGCGAAACGUUUCGAGAAAGAUCCUGAUCAUCCGGACUACUUCAUGCAGUGAGACCCGAUACGUGCUGACCAAUGGAUUUCUCAAGAACCAUCAAGGACCUGCACCCGAGAAUAGGACAGUGCUUCAAGUGUAGAAAGUAAGAAAUUAUUUUGGUCCGCAAUGUAAUGAAGCACUAGAUUUAUUAUUAUUAAGAUAUAUUUUGUAUCAGCAUUUUUUUUAUUAGCAUGAGAGCCUAAAGGUUACGUUAACAAUUAUGUUUGACCGAAUGAUUACAACUCCCAGAAUUAUACUCCGAUCGAUGGAUGUCAUGACAUUAUGAGUGUGUAUCGUAGUGCUGUACAUUACACCGAGAUCUGUCAGUGAUUUCAAUUGGGUAGCUUAAAAGUUGCGUGAAAUUGUUUAAGUGAGUUUCAAUGUUUUAAACCGUGCUGUCUUUGUUUGGGAGAUAAUUUCUUCUGUUUGCUAGUGGACUCCCCAUUACUGUUACACAGCUAUGGUUUAUCAUUCUACUGAUGAAGAACUCAUAAAGUUUUGUGGGUUCUGCUGCGUUCAUGAACAGUCCAAUACUAGAGGUAGGGUCUUCAGUGUUCUAAUUCUAUACAACACACUGCCUUCUACUAUUCACUAUAUACAAAUGGUAUAAUGUAAUGUGUUUAUUUUUUGUUUACUAAUUUAACGGCUUCUGAAAUGACUUUUUUUCCUAAUUAUUCGCUGGUAGCUUAAGAGGCUAUUCUAGCUAUGUCCGGACGGGUAGGUGAGCUCACGGGCUCAACCUGAGAGAAUUUGCUAACACUAGCCCUAGCAAGAGUAGCUUAGCAGAAUCUACCACUGUAUCGGAACUGUGUUCCACUGAGAAGAUCCGGUGGGAAACUCAGUGGGCUAAAGAAACUCAGUGGGCUGACUCGUUCCAAAAUUCAACCUUCGGCCAAGUAUCCAUUGAGAGGUCAUUGACCUUCAAGUCAACACAAGUGAACUUCAAGUUGUUCAUAUUGAUGCCUAACAAACCGAAAGUGGACAUUUAUCGGAAUCUUGUGUGUGUGUGUUGGGUGUGGAUGACUUGUAUUUAUUGAAUCCGUGAACAGAAUUAAGAAGAAAAUAAGUCAAAGAUUGUGAACAGCUGAGCGCUCCAGGUGAAUGACCCCGUCAGCCUGUUCGUCACGGGUGUCCACUGCCUUGACGUCAAUUUAAAAAACUCGAGCAGUGUUGCCAGUUUCAAGGAAUUCCUCGUUUCAUUGGAAUUUAAAAAAAAUUAAAUUAAAUAAUGAUUAUUUUUUGUUAUCAUGUAUUUUCGUCGGAAGCAUUCAAACGUAUCAGAUCAGCUGUCAUUAAAACAAAUUUAACCCUUCGAGUGUGAAUCGUCGAUAUAUCGACUGUCUAUUAUUGCGUAUAAAGUACAGAGCGUCGGAAUAUCGAAAUUAUUAUGCUGUGAAUUUAGCAUUGAUUUUUUAAAAUUAAAGUUUUUUAUAAGCUUUUUUUUUUAAUCCUUAAUAUAUGUGAACAUAAGCUCAGCACUAAAAGGGUUAAAGUUUGCCUAGUAUAUCAGUGGGGGCUUCUCUGCGGGAUCUUAAUAAACAUUUAAUACCGUCCGCACACAUGUAACAAGCGAUUUAUCUGAUUUUUUCACACCAUAGCUUAGUAGCUGACAAAAACAGGAGUGUGGUACCGGGC